CGCUACCGAUUUUGCCAGGUCAAGCGAUGGUGCUAUCCUGUAUCGGUUUGUGUUUUUUGUACUCAAAGCAACAGUAGCAGGUGUAAGGUCAUGAACCUUGUUCAAUGUAGAAUUCUUAUUUUAAAUUCAAUGAAAGGUCACAGUGAAUUUUAUUUGCUGGCGAAUACUACCGCAAAAUUAUGUAAAAAAUUGUGAGAGGCAGCUAAAGGUCUGUACUUCGUAAAUGGCAUUCGCUAGUGUUUACAAAAUAUAGGAUGGAUAUGGAUCAAAGCAUCAAAAACGAAAUGUUAUCCGAGCAAAGCAUUAAAAGCGAAAUGUUGGCAGAAAAAAACAGGAACAACAGCAACAAUAUGUGCUUAAAUUUAGAGCUCUGUGUGGUCUGUGGAGACAGGGCAUCUGGGAGACACUAUGGAGCUAUUUCCUGUGAAGGUUGCAAAGGUUUCUUCAAAAGGUCCAUACGCAAGCAAUUAGGGUAUCAAUGCCGAGGUAGCAAGAAUUGUGAGGUUACCAAACACCACAGAAAUAGAUGCCAAUAUUGCAGACUGCAAAAAUGUCUGGCAUGUGGGAUGAGAAGUGAUUGUAAGUUAACACUUAAGCAUUUACCUAAUAACUGUUCUUUGAAAGCUGAUAGAAACUGUAGCAUUCAAAUCGACAAACUCCAGAAAUGUAUGGAGUACGAUCACCAUAGAGAUUCCGUACAACAUGAGAGGAAACCAAUAAUAGAUAAGAAAGAAUUCUCAAACAGUGAUGUCAAGUUUAACCAAACCACAGUUAAUGCUAUUAACAAAAUAUUUAUCAGAAAGGAUCUUAAUACUGACACAAGAUUUAUGCCUAAUCCAUUCUGUCCUAGCGAUCUGGUAUUCUUGAAUAAAAGAUUUGCAAACAAUACUACGUCAGAGAUUCCAUACCAUCUCUCUCCCAGUCAUGCCAGUAUUGAAGAUGAUGUGUCCAUGGACAGUACCAAUACUGGAACAGAACUUAGUGAUGCAAUAUCCACUGCUCGUGAUAAGCAGUUAAUUUCAAAAGCUCUUGACACAAUGGCUCGUGUCCAGUGUUUGAAUGGAACAGAUUUAAGUGCCUUAGCAACUGACGAGAAGUGUUUUGACUAUGAAGGGCCUAUUCUUCAAGAUCAACACGUUGUUUUCAACCUGCAAAUUCCCGGACCUGUACCUCCAUAUUUGAAUAUUCAUUAUAUUUGUGAGAGUGGGUCACGUUUAUUGUUCUUAUCUGUGCACUGGGCUAAAAAUAUUCCAGCUUUCCAGUUUCUAAGUUCUGAAACUCAAGUAUCCCUACUACGCAGCUGUUGGCCAGAACUAUUCACUCUUGGACUAGCCCAGUGCUCACAAUUGCUGUCACUGUCUACAAUUCUAUCAGCAUUGAUCAGUCACUUGCAUGCAUCGAUAGCACAGGAUAAAAUGCCUGCAAGCAAAGUGAAGCAAGUCACUGAUCAUAUUGUGAAACUGCAAGAUUAUGUGACAAGUAUGAACAGACUGCAAGUCAGUGAACAUGAAUAUGCAUAUUUGAAACUGAUCACGUUAUUUUCUGCUGAUCAGCCUGAUAUUCUGUUGAAGAAGCAGUUGGAGAUUUUCCAGGAAAAAUCUUUCCAAGGACUUAGAAGCCACGUUGCCGGGAAUGCACCAGAUGAUAGCGAUCGUUUUCCAAGGUUAUUGCUGCGCCUUCCGCCUUUGCGUGGUUUGGAUUCUGCAAUACUGGAAGAACUUUUCUUUGCUGGCCUGAUUGGGCAAGUUCAAAUUGACAGUGUGAUUCCCUAUAUUUUGAAAAUGGGGAGCACUAUUUCUACACAGGCAAAUAGCAGGCAGGUUAAAACAGAACAUGAUGAGUUUCUAUGUAAAUAAUUAAUUACUCGAUUUUUCAUCAAAUUUUACAGAAUCAGUUUGAUCUAUUCAUUAACCGACUUAUGAGAAAAGUAUUAUUAGAUGUUAAUUUUAGCUUUGCAGUGCAAAUUUUUUAGGGAGAUUUUUCGUUUUUAUCAAAAUAUGUAGGGAAUUUAAAUACAUUAGAUAAAAAUAGUCACUUGUUAUUGUAUGCCAUUCUUUCAUUAAAUAAUUUCAGUUUGUAGUAAUAUUGAAUUAAACCUGUUUUAUAUAAUCACAUGGUGCAAAGUGUUUAUUGAAUGGGAACAGUGAUAAUUCUAAUGAGCUUGAAUAUAUUCUGUAGGAUGCGUGGAUACUGUUUAUUCUUAAGUCUAAAUUACCUGAUGAUAACAAUAACUAAUAAUUUUGAAAUUCGUAGAUUUCUAGAUUUUUCGUGCAAUUUGUAGGGAAUGUUCACUCAUCAUGUUAAAUGCUUUAGAGAUGUGCAAUUAUUUUAAAAUUAUAAUGGAUAGUUUUUUGUUUUCCGGAAGUUACAAAUCUGUAUCUAAGCAGCCAAAUAUCAUUGAAAAAUAUCAAUGAUACUACUCCAAAAAUUAAGGGAGCAAGAAAGAAAUUCAAUUUUUUCAGGGAUUUUUGACAGGAUGUAUUUCGGUGAAAAAAGUUGUCUAGAUUUUAGAAAGAGGAGCAAAAUUUUUGUAUCAAAAUACCGUGUAAACUGGUUGAAAAUGGAAAAAUCAUUUUUCUUUUAUUGUCACUAUUGAAUAUCUGUAACACCUUCAAUUUUAAAAAUGGUCGGCUUUUUGAAAAAAGGAACUCGCCCAGAAAAACAAUUAUUACUGAGCAAUUAUGCUUUAAAGUUUUGACAAUGAUAAAAAAUUCAUUUUAGACCAAAAUCGAUUUUAAUUAAUGGCAUUCUAAAGGCUUUAAAUAUGUAUAUAUAUUAUAAGACUAAACAAUUUAUAAGUUAUACUAAUAAAUUAUUUUCCUAAAUUGUAGAUUUUCCAUGUUUAGUGUGUUGGUUCCUUUCUACAAAAAGCCGUCCAAAUAGCAAUUGGAAAAAUUAUAUUCUUUUAUUCAUGGAAUAUUCCAAAAAACAAAAAUAUUAACCAGGGGCGGAACUAGAAAAUAUUCAGUGUUCCGUCGGACCGAAAUCACCGAGAAAUUUGGAUUUUUUCUUGGUCUCUUAAUUUUUUUAAGUAGUGUAUAAGAAAUCUCAGGUAACUGACUACCUUUUUAGUUUGAUGGCAUUUUUUCGCAGUUGAGUAAUUUGAUCCAGAUCAGUAUUGAUUAACUGCUUAAAUAAACUUAAUGCAGAAUGAGGUGUUUUGUGCACCCGGUCUCCGUUGAAUAUGAAACCCUUUUCAAACUAUACUUUCUUACUUUACCAAAGAAUGAUGAAUCAUUUUCAAUGGAACAUAAUUUAGUUGCAUCUAAUAUUUAUUCUAGACGGUUUUAAGUUAGUUUGUAAUGAAAUGUCAUGUACUUAAACGUUCAUUUGUAUAUUUUUGUAUUAAUAGCUUUUUAUUUUGAAGUUUCAAAGUAGAAUACGUAUUUUUUGUUCAAUGUAAAUAAUUUAUAUUUAUACACAAGAUGUUCAGUUGGAAUUUAUAUCCAUAUAUAUAUAUUUCACUUGGAAUGUCUGAAACUAUGCUAUCCUAGCUAAUACAUUUUUUGCCCAGUUUGCAUAAUUGUGCAGUUUGUUUUACACUAUGAAUUUCUUGUACUUAUGUUGAUGUGAUUAUCACUUGUAAUUGUAUUGGAUUAGAUUAAUGUGGAGAGACUACACUCUACUCGUAGUAGUCUUUGGCGUUUUAUCUCAGUCGUUUUUACAGGGUUUCAAGGUUAAAAAACCAUGUUUCUUUACUGCUGCACUUUGUUAGCAGACUAUAUUUUUCUCAUUUUACUUCAGGCACGGAUUCAGCAUCACAUCUUUGGGAGCAAGUAGUGUGGGUUUCCUACUUUCAGGGGUUAUUGUCAAUACUUUUAUGCUUCCCUCCCAGUUUUUUCCUCCUAUCCUCUUCCUUUUUCCUUUCCCGUUCCUCUCAUUCUUUCCCUUUUCCUCAUUUCUUCCUGCAAGUCUGAGGUGCUGGCACCAUUUCCCCCCACGGAUCCGUGCCUACUUUACUUAUAAUAUUGAAUAAAAAUAUAGCUUGUAGCUUAUUGUUGUACAGGGUAAUUCGUCAUGUGAUGUUAUCUUCAGCUCGGGUAAAUGCAUGAAGCUCUCAAAUCCUAUGUUUUUCUUCAUGUUUCAGUCGAAUAUCGUGAAUAUCGAUUACAAGGCAAGUCUUGCUUUGGCUAAUUCGGUAAAUUGCCCUAUUAUAAUUUGACAUGUGACACCCUGUAUAUAAAUGAUCGAUAAAGUUUGUCCUCCAGAAAAUUUGAUGUGUUAUGCAAAUCACUAGUUUUGAUUCUUCCUCGUUAUUUUGUUAUACAGGGUGUCCCAGAAAUAACACGCCAGCGUGACACGGGAGGUAGAUUGGCUUCAGAUCAAUCAGAUAAAAUCAACAUGACCUUAGUAAAAGUUUUAUAGUUUUCCAGAUAUUGCUACUUUUAAGUUUUUUCAAAAAAUUCCCAGUUUAUGCUCCUUUUUUGCCUGUUAUGACUAUAAAAAACUUCUAACUUAUGAUUUUUUUGGGGGGCUACAUCCGAGUAUUCAUUCAGUUGAAAACUAGCACGGUAUGCUAAAAAAAAACUAAAUUUACAUUUGGUUUCAAUGCGAAAACCUUUACUAAAGAUCAACUAAUUAAUGAGAAAAAAAUGUAAAAGACUGAAUCACCAAAUGACAUUUAAAACUAGCUAUUUAAUGCUCUUUCAAAAGUAGUAUAACAUUUGUAGGUUUUUUACUAAAAACUGAAAAAUUCCAACUUCUGUCAUUGAAGUCAUAAUACUUGCGAAAUACUAUAUUAAAAAAUAGUAACUCUCUUAUACACAACCUGCAUCUUCUUAAAAAUUGUCCUUUUAAACGCCUCAAACUUAAAUCGGUUAUUUUGCGUGCUGCUUGACGGAUUCGAUGACGCAGUUCAUCGGCUAAUCGAACUGGUUUUCCAUGGACAUUAUCUUUUAAACAUCCCCAGGAAAAAACCCAGAGGGUUCAGGUCUGGUGGGUGUAGGGGGCACAAAAUUGAUCCUAGCCAGCCAAUACAUCUUGUAGUGAAUGUUUCAUCAAGAUAUCCCCUUACUGCACUAGCAUAGUGUGCAGGUCACCCAUCAUGCUGUAACCACAACUUCUUUUUGUCACGAGAGGCACAUCUUCCAAAAGAAUGGGUAAAUGAUGUUGCAAAAAAUCUAAGUAAAUUUAAGUUUUUAAGUUCAUUUACCGUUUCAGUCUGGUACAUUUUUUUCACAGUAAUUAGUCAAACUUUAGUAAAGGUUUUCACAUUGAAACAAAAUGCAAUAAGUUUUUUUAGCAUACUGUGCUAGUUUUCGAUGAAAUGAAUACUAGGUUGUCUCAACCAACUAUUAAUGGUAGCCCAGGAGAAAAAAAUCAGCUUGAAGUUCUUUAUAGCCAUAACAGGAAAAAAAAGAGCAAAAAGUAGUGAUUUCUUGAAAAAGCUUAAAAGUGGCAAUAUCUCGAAAACUAGAAAACUUUUACUAAGCUCAUUUUGAUUUUAUCUGAUUGAUCUACAAUCUACCUCCCGUGUCACCCUGUAUAAUUCAGUGGUAAAUAGGAAAUUAAAAACCAAAAAUAAAUAAUUGCUCUGUAUAAUAAAUAUUGUUUGUAAUUUGUGCAAUUUGCAUUUUUUGACGUGAUACAGUGACACAUAAACGUAGUUAAAUACCAUUAAAAGACAGGUGAAAUCGUUUGUUUACUAGAAAACAAGUUUUAUUAAAGAAAAUUUGAUUCUAAUGAUUUUAUGUUUGCCUUCUUAACUACGGUCAUGCUUUUAGGUGAAAGUGCCUUUGAAAUUAUAAAUGACAU